UCAUCAUCUAUAAAACCAAAAAUGGUGUCUAUGGAAUUAGAAUGGUGGUUAUUUCCAUUUAUUCCAAGUGCACCUAUGGUUUCAUCAAUAUUAUUCACCAUGCUAGUAGGGUUUGUAUGGUACCUUUAUGGGCCUUAUUGGAGGCUAAGAAGAGUUCCGGGCCCACCAUCUCUUCCUCUUGUAGGACACCUUCCAUUGCUGGCUAAGUAUGGCCCUGAUGUCUUCUCUGUCCUUGCAAAGCAAUAUGGCCCAAUUUACAGAUUUCAUAUGGGAAGACAGCCACUAAUAAUAAUAGCAGAAGCAGAACUUUGUACUGAAGUUGGAAUAAGAAAGUUCAAACAAAUUUCAAAUAGAAGCAUUCCAUCUCCUAUUUCUGCUUCCCCACUCCACCAAAAAGGUCUCUUCUUCACCAGGGGUCAACGUUGGUCAACCAUGAGAAACACCAUAAUCUCAAUGUACCAACCAUCACACUUGGCCAGCUUAGUGCCAAGAAUGCAAUCAUUCAUAGAAUCAGCAACACAAAAUCUAGAUCACAUCACAAAUACUAAUGAAGACAUAACAUUCUCCAAUCUCUCACUUAGGCUUGCAACCGAUGUAAUUGGUGAUGCUGCAUUUGGUGUCAACUUUGGACUGUCAAAUCCUAAUUAUUCAUCUAAUUGUGAUUUAUCAAUCAAGAACAAUAAUAAUGUUAAUGUUAACAAGGAAGUUUCUGAUUUCAUUAAUCAACACAUUUAUUCCACUACACAACUGAAAAUGGACCUAUCCGGUUCAUUUUCUAUCAUACUAGGAUUAAUUGUACCAUUGCUUCAAGAACCGUUUCGGUGGAUCUUGAAGCUGAUUCCGGGUACCAUGGAUCAGAAAAUAGAGAAUACCAAUAGGAAAUUGAGCCGCCGACUCGACGAGAUUGUGAAAAGGAGGAUGGAAGAAAGUAACAGGACUUGCAAGAAUUUCUUGUCACUUAUUUUGAAUGCAAGGGAAUCAAGAAAUGUGUCUGAGGAUGUGUUCACACAUGAUUAUAUUAGUGCUGUUACUUAUGAACACUUGCUUGCAGGGUCGGCUACCACUUCUUUUACACUGUCCUCUGUUGUUUAUUUGGUUGCUGGCCAUCCUGAAGUUGAGAGCAAGUUGAUUCAAGAGAUCGAUGGCUUCGGUCCGCCUGAUCGGAUGCCGACUGCCCAAGAUCUUCAAGAUAGUUUUCCUUAUCUUCAUCAGGUUAUUCAAGAGGCCAUGAGGGUUUACACUGUCUCCCCAUUAGUUGCAAGAGAAACAUCAACCGAAGUAGAGAUAGGAGGUUAUCUCCUUCCAAAGGGAACAUGGGUGUGGCUAGCACUUGGAGUUCUAGCAAAAGACCCAAAACAAUUUCCAGAGCCAGAGAAGUUCAAACCAGAGAGAUUUGACCCUAAAUGUGAUGAGAUGAAACAAAGGCACCCUUAUGCAUUUAUACCAUUUGGAAUUGAAUAUUUGUUUCGCCAUUCACCUAACAUGGAAAAGCCUUUAGAACUAGAAUAUGGUAUAGUUCUCAAUUUCAAGCAUGGUGUCAAGCUUAGAGUCAUAAACAGAACAAAUUAAGCUAGAGUGACCUACGUAAAGUUUAAUUAGACCAUACAAAUUGUAUUGUGAUGCUAUAGCUUUAAGAAAUAUUAUAGCAAUAAUUAAUAUUGUUAAAUGAAAAUGUGUGUUUUCAAAUAGAGUAUGUAGAUCAUACGAUUUAAACCCACAAGAAAGAAUUGAAUUCCUAUCACAGAAUUGAAGUAUUUAUAAGAAGGUUGCUCAGAUGUUGACAAGAAUAACAACCUUAUCAUCCCCACCAUCUCCUUUCAACUUUAUGACUGUAAUAACAUUACCUUCUUCCUUAACUCAACAGGCAUCUCCCUUAGUGUGCCACAAUCCACCAAUGUCCCACCAAAUUCAAAUUUUCCAAUUCAUGGUCUUGGGCCGAAAAUGUUACAGCGUCCCACCAAUUAGAAAUUGCAUCAUCGGAAAUUAUGUGGAACAUUCUUAAACCUAUGCCAAAGGCUA